AUGGUUCAGCUUAUGAGAUCUGAUUCUGAUAAUCACUUCAUCAAAAAAGUUAAACUGGAGGAGUCUCAACAACAAGAGGAUGAAGUUCGUUCUCUUCCGAAUAAACGACCUAGAUUUGAUUUCAAUUUGGAUUCUUCUCCCAAGUGUGAUUCAAGCGAUGAUUCAGUUCAGAUUUCACCGGGUUUAUACAACCCUUUGAAUGAACCAAGUCCUCUUGGUUUGCGUCUGAAGAAGAGUCCUUCACUUUUGGAUUUGAUUCAGAUGAGGCUUUCAGAGCAACACGAUUCUAAGAAGAAAGAUCAGAAGGCUGCUGCUGCUGCUGCUGCUGAUUCUAAACUCAAGGCUUCUAAUUUUCCUGCUACUGUUUUGAAAAUUGGAACUUGGGAGUAUAAAUCUAGAUAUGAAGGGGAUUUGGUGGCAAAGUGUUACUUUGCAAAGCAUAAGCUUGUUUGGGAAGUUCUUGAUGGUUGUCUUAAGAAUAAGAUUGAGAUUCCAUGGUCUGAUAUCAUGGCUCUUAAGGCUAACUAUCCUGAGGAUGCACCAGGAACACUGGAAGUUGUUCUUGCAAGGAGGCCUUUGUUUUUUAGGGAGAUCAAUCCACAACCAAGGAAGCAUACCUUGUGGCAAGCAACGUCAGACUUUACCGGUGGACAAGCAAGCAUUCAUAGGCGACACUUUAUGCAAUGCCCUCAAGGUUUGUUAGGGAGGCAUUUUGAGAAGCUCAUACAGUGUGAUCCCCGUCUCAAUUUUCUGAGCCAACAGCAGGAUUUUGUGUUGGAGUCUCCUUAUUUUGAGACUGGAACUGCAAUUCACGACCAUAUUGAAACUAGUGAUGGUUUUGAUAGAAAAAGUGAAGGGCAAGCUGGGAUUUUUGGAUUGCAGGACGUAGAAUCGGGAUCUGCAGGUCAAUCAUCUUCCUCCAGAAGUGAACAUAAUCUUAUGGGUAAAGCUGUUGAAAACAAUUUCCAAGAAAUCACCUCACCUAGCUCAGUGAUGAACCCCCAUGCAAUCAGAGGUUUCAAGAGCAGAGGAGCUGAAUCAUUGAAGUUUCUCAGCAAUUUGGAUCAGAUUAAGUUGCCUGGUCUUCACCCUUCUAUGUCGAUUGAAGAUCUGGUUAACCACAUCGGACACUGCAUUACAGAACAGAUGGGACCUGAAAACUCCAGCUUCGCCAGUGACAGAGCAAAGUUGGAGGAAUUCACACAAUAUCUAUUCAACGACUCUCAAAUCCAACCGGCCUCUGAUGAACAGAAUGUCAUGUCAAGGGUGAACUCCUUCUACAACCUUCUUCAGAAAGACCCUUCUACAGCUGAAAACAAAACUGUUCGAAACAGCAAUAUUUUCGAUUUAGCUGAAGAUAGAAAAGUUGAUGUGAGUAACCCUGCUGAAUGCAAAAGUAAAAUGGUUGAUUUUGAAAUUCAACAAGACGAUGAUGCUGAUGAUUCUGGUAGUCAGCAAGAAAAUGGUUUAUCCAGGAAGGAAUCAGCUGGAGAGUUACUUCUUAAUCUUCCAAGGAUUAAUUCAAUGCCACAUUUUCUAUUUCCUAUGCCUGAGGAUUCUGGUAGUCAUGUUAGAUAG